AUGGCGGCGGCGUCGUCGUCCCAUCUUGGACCGAGGCUGUUCCUCUCCCUCGUUGCCACCUUCGUGAUUGCCAUUUCACGUCCUGCCUCCGCCCACCCUACCGUCACGGUGCUGAACGGGAGCUACUCGGGUGUCCAUCUGCCCUCGUAUAGUCAAGACAUCUUCCUGGGAAUCCCGUACGCCCAGGAUGCUGGCGGGCCCAACCGCUUUCGGAUACCGCAAGCCUUAAAUGAAUCCUGGGACGGUGUGCGACCCGCGGCGCAGUACAGCGACCAGUGCCCGGAUGACCGCCCGCCGACUUCUGGUGCGCCGUAUGGCAUGAGCGAGAAUUGCUUGAGUUUGAAUGUCGUGAGGCCUGCUGGGGGUGGGAAUGGCACGCUGUUGCCGGUGAUGGUGUGGAUCCAUGGUGGGAGCUAUCAGAGGGGUACCACUGGUUUGCCCAACUACAAUCUGACGUUUUUGGUCGACCGCAGUGUUGAAAUUGGGAAGCCGGUGGUGGGCGUCAGUAUCAAUUAUCGGAAAGGUGGUUGGGGGAUGAUGUACAGCAUUGAGAUUGCUGGGAGUGGGAACACUAAUAUUGCGCUGAGAGAUAUGAGACAAGCCCUGGCAUGGUUGCAGGAGAACGUCAAGGCGUUUGGCGGCGAUCCGGAUUGCGUAACCAUCUGGGGGGAGAGCUCUGGAAGCUUCGCAGUGGGACAACUGCUGCUAUCUUAUGGCGGCCGAAGUGACGGCCUGUUUCAUCGAUCCAUUCAGGAGAGCGGCAGUGCAGCGACGGCGUGGUACAAUGGGACCGAGUGGUAUCAACCGAUCUAUGACAACAUUGUCGACAAGGUCAACUGCACAGAAGCCAUCGACACGCUCGAGUGCCUCCGAACCGUGCCUUUUGAGGACUUGCUGCCUUACGUUAACUCGUCAGCGGUCGUCGGACCGGGCUGGUAUCCCACCGUGGACGGAGACAUUGUACCAGGGUAUCCAACUGAGCUACUGCAGAGUGGUCGAUUUGCCAAAGUGCCGCACUUGUACGGCUCGAACUCAGACGAGGGGACCGACAAUGCGCCCGUGGGUGCAAUCAACACAGAUGACGACUUGUACGAGUUCUUGUUGAAUGGUGUAGGAUUCGGCUAUACACCAUCGGCGGUGCGGGAGAUCAUGCAGUUGUACCCCGACGAUCCUGCCCAGGGAAUCCCGCUGAAUACUGGCGACGAACGAUUUGCGGAUCUCGGCUGGCAGUACAAGCGAGUGGCCGCAAUCGUUGGCGACAUCUUCUACCACUCAACGCGACUGUUCGACGCACGCCAGUACGCCAAAUAUGGUGGAGACACCUUCAUCUACCGUUUCAAUACGCGGGCAUACGUGAUCAACACUACCGCAACAACAGCCAUAGCAUCGGGCCAGCUGGCGCCUGCGGCCAAAGGCGUAGCGCACUUCUCUGAAGUUGCAUUCGUGUUCAACAGCCUCGCAGUGGGUGGACCGGCCGAGUAUCAGGCCCUCAGCGACCAAAUGUCGGCACAGUGGAUCACAUUCGCGCACGACGGGACGCCGAAUGGCGAAGGUCUCCCCAGUUGGCCCUCUUACGACCAGGGGGGAAAUGGCUACAACCUAGUGCUGCAGACGGAGAGUCAGGGAGGAAAUAUUGUCGAGCCGGACACGUACAGGCUCGCAGGACGAGAGUUCCUGGCCAAAUGGCAGAGGCGGAGGCAUGUGUAA